ACGUGUUUCUGCUAUACUUGUCUAAAUUAAUGACGAUACUCUCAGUUUCACAGAUUUAUCACCAACAGGCAACACUACAGAAGAUAUGACAGCGAGCAAUCAUUGUUACGGAGUAUAUUUAUAUUUUGAUGACGUGUUAGAUAACACUGAAGAUUAGGAACCAUGUCAAUGUGCACUGUUUUUCCUUUUGGGAAAAUUGUAACUGGAGGAAGACUGUGGACUCCUGUGUUGUCGAUUCUGCAAGAUGCAAAACAAACCAAAAUAUUAUACAGAUAUUUGUUUACCUUCAAACAUGAUCUUAUUAUGCACAGCAGAGACUCUAAGGUUAGAGCACAUUGUGUAAGAAAUUUUGCUAUUUCAAAACCUGUUUGGAACAGGACUUUGGGCGCAUCCCAAAAUUUAAACAGGUCUGUGAAGGCAGAGAGGAGUUUAGUAGAAGUCAUAAACCGUGAUAACAGAACAGGGCGAACUGCUGAUAACGGUUUUGUUGUAUUUAUGGAGAAAGAGAACGAAUACUUUCAUGAUUAUUUAUCGAACACAAUUCAGUACAAGCCAUUCUUCUUCCCAGGAUGUCGGAAUGAGGAUACUUUCAAAAGCAGUACAGACUCCUCAACUAAUCUUGAUCAAAUGUUAAAUAAUUUUAAUUCCACUAAAAUCAGUCAAGAUCAGCUUCUGAGUAUUCUAAAAGAAUUAACAUGUCUUCCUACCAAACAGCAUUUGAACCUUUUCCUUGAUCCAAAUUUUCACCAGUUGUGCAAGUGUUUGUUGAGCCAGCUGACAGACAUGUCGAACAAAGCUUACUUUGAGAGUAUGGAAACGAUGAGCAGGUUUAAUUUUAGACAGUGUAUCACCUCUGAUCUGCGUGAUCUGCGAAUCAUGAUUGCCAAAUCCUAUGAUCAGGAAAAUAUAGCGAGAAUCUCUGACUGGGAUCCUAGACAGUUGCUGCUGGUGGCCGAUUUCUAUUUUCAUCUUCGGUGCAGCUCCAUGCCAUGGGUCGGCUACCUGAAGAGAAUGUUUUCCACAUUAUUUAUCAGUAAAAUACUUGGUCAGCUCGGAAAUGAGGAGAUAGUAACAUUACUGUUACAUGUCGGUCUAGCCAGACAGAUUGGUGAAAGAGAGCUGAAUGAUGCAGUGUUAAAAAUCUGCCAGCAAAUCGACUCUUACACUAUAGAAGAAUUAGGGAUCGUAUCCCUGGCAUAUUUCAAGACAAACAAGCCGGUGAAAAACACAUUAUUUCAAGAAAAAAUUGCAGCCAAGCUAAAUUCUUGUAUAAAAGACGUCGAACCUAUCUGCCUGUCGGCUAUCUUAAAGUGUCUUCAGAAAUCGUCCAAUAAAAUCUGGAUGCGCUAUCGACCAGAAAUGCUGCAGAUGAUGAUUGACCUUCAGCCGAGUUUGUCCUUGAGGAUGUCGUCACUCACGCCACAGACUGCCCUCCACGUGAUCUCCAUCUUUCACAACUUCAAAUACAUAUCCGAGAAGCUCAUCUCUUCGUUCAGUGUUAAACUCACCCACGACGAUUUGCUGGAAUGGAGAUUCAAAGACAUGGCUCUCGCCGUUAGACUGCUGGCCGAGUUGUCCGAAUGUUUUCCCAACAAGACAGAAAUACUGGAUCGCCUCACCGAUGAACUGAUGUCGGCACACAGAGAGAGUGAAGUGACAUCUUACCUCGACUAUCUGGCUAGAUUCCUGCUGGGAAUGGCUAUGGCUGGGGUCUACUCAGUGCCACUGUUGAAGUGGCUUUUCAGGCCAGAUAGUCUUGCUUACUUUGCAGAUCACAAGAUCAAUGUCUAUAGAGACUUGUACCAGCUGUCGGAAAGUGUCCGGAUCGAGUGUCCCAGUUACUCUGGACCACUGCUGUCUGAUCACUUAGUCAAAGCUCAGUCUAAGAAAAGCUACAUCUGUGGCAGAAUGCCGAGGAUUGCCGUGAACAACCCGGGCGAUGGUGAAGUUGUGAAUGUUUCCAAGCGGGACCAGAUGAUGCUGCAGUGUAUCCGGGCUCUGGAGUGGGUGCUUGGAGGACAGCAGCAUUUAUGGGUGGACUUCCUGCUACCACAUUACCAGACAGCAGAUAUUGAACUGUGUACACAUUUCUCACAACGGAAAGAUAAAACUGGUGGAUUGUUAUCAGACCCUUUUGAUUCUGAAGUCUGCAGUACUGAUCAAAGGGUUGCUGUGCUGCUGUAUGCUGAAAAUGCCUACUACAGCUUGAUACGUGCCGACGGCUCAGUUAGUCAUGUUUUACGUGGCAACUACGCCAUGAAGAGAAGACAGCUGAAACAUCUUGGAUUCAGAAUUAUUGAGAUUCCAUUUUAUGAAUUCAGCCAACUGGAAAUUGAAAAGAAGUAUGAAUAUGUUUUGAACAAAGUGAAGUUGGCUGAAGUGCUGUCAAAGGACUACGUAAACAAGCUGGUUUUACCCACACAAUGAAUGUAGUUCAUGUUAAUAACUAUUAUUUCAUGUUUGUCUCCUGGUGUGUUUAAAAUGAAAAGUGACCUUGGACUGCAGUCUAUGGUCACAUGGUGAACCCUAAAAAAAAAAAUUGCUACAUUACAUCUAUGAAGCAAGAUGUCUUGGAGACUCAAACAGUUCUAUAAUCAGGCAUCUGAGACAACCAAUGAGAAAUGUGUAUACCAUUUGUUUCAGAUUGUGUGAAAGGAGACUUGGAUUAUGUACUGCAUGUUUUGAUGGUCUUCAGGGAAACAUUGUUGUUGCAUUCAUAUAACGACAGAUUCAUGGUGUCCCAAAUACCUUAGGUGGCCCACUGCCAUAAUAGUUGUUUAUAAAUGUUUUAAUUUGACAACAAAGAGAGACAUUUAAUUUUAUACUAGAACAAUAGUCAUUGGUGAAUGUUCUAUUAAAAUCAGCUACCUGGCAUAAAACAAGAAGUUCUUGGUACAGCAGGUGCGUCUAGAAUGUGGUGAUUGAAGUUUAUAGGGGAGGGGUCAAGACAUGCUCCCUAGAAAAUAUAUAUUGGAAAAAAUGUGCUUGAGGAAGGUUUUGACCUCCGACACAAAGUGGAGGAUACCUUAUUUCAUUCAAAUAUUAUGACGACCCUAAACGAAUACUUACAAUGUUAUUACGGUAUACAUUAAAUAUUAUUUUUGUCUAUGUUCUUGAUAAUUAUUUUAAUAAAAAUAAACAAUAAAAAAUAAAGAAGUCAG